UCCACCAGAGCCGGCAGAAGCUAGCAUGGCUUUUUCCGAAGCGAAGGUGGAAGAGCCAGAGGUCAAUGCAAAUGCGGCAGAUCGUCCCCAACAUGAGGAGGACCCUCCACCACAGCCGACAGAAGCUAGUGUCGUUUCCGCCGAAGCGAAGGUUGAAGAGCUAGAGGUCAAAGCUCUUGUGGCCGAUCCUCCCCAACACGAGGAGGACCCUCCACCACAGCCGACGGAAGCUAGUGUCGUUUCCGCCGAAGCGAAGGUUGAAGAGCCAGAUGUCAAAGCUGUUGUGGCAGUUCCUCCCAAGCACGAGGAGGACCCUCCACCACAGCCGACAGAAGCUAGUGUCGUUUCCGCCGAAGCGAAGGUUGAAGAGCCAGAGGUCAAAUCAGUUGCGGCAGAUCCUCCCAAACACGAGGAGGACCCUCCACCACAGCCGACAGAAGCUAGUGUCGUUUCCGCCGAAGCGAAGGUUGAAGAGCUAGAGGUCAAAGCAGUUGCGGCAGAUCUGCCCAAACACGAGGAGGACCCUCCACCACAGCCGACAGAAGCUAGUGUCGUUUCCGCCGAAGCGAAGGCUGGACAGGUUGAAGAGCCAGAGGUGAAAGAAGUUGCAGCAGAUCCUCCCAAACACGAGGACUCGCCGGCAGCUGGCGAGUGAAGCCCAAGUGCAGCCGAUGUUAAUGCGAUGUCCACAGGAUGGGGUCAUUGGGCAGAACUUGGCUUGGCUGAUCCCGAUUGCUUUUAAUCAACCGCUGAUUCGCUGCUGAUUGGCUUAUUGGCUCGACUCCACUUUGGCGGAUCCUGUGGCCAGUGUUGAUGCCACCCUCUGAGGAGCUCUUCGUUUUCCC